CGGUGUAGUUGUAUAGGAAUUUGUUGUUAUUUCUCUAUCGUCUGUGCCGAUAUAUUUUAUCCGAUUUUCUUUAUUUUUUAAGCUUUUUUUUAAUUGAGAAAAAAACAAAAAAUGGACUUGGAAUCAUUUCAACAAAAAGCAUUAGAAGUUCGUCAACCCGAUUCUGAUUUCGAUCCCGAUAUAAUACCACAAAAUGGUGAAGAAUUUCUAAUGAAAGUUAUCUACGAGCGAAAACAUUGCCCAGCUGUUUUAGUAAAGCCUGCUCCACAGGGUAAACACUCAAAACCAAACACCGUUACUAUUCCAGAAAUUAAUGAAAUGGAUUCUGUUAGCGAUGUCUCACCGAGUUCAUUGCGUCCAACUGUUCAAUGGAAAGACGCUCAAGCUGAAGAUUUUAUUGGUGUCAUGCAAAAAAUCGAAAAUAUGAGAAAACAACAUAAUACAGAAAAUGCCACUGACAUUGUUCAAUUGCCUCUUACCGAUGACGAAAACGAAUGGGAAGCAUUUUGUCGCAAAAACACUCCUCUGCUCAGUACAAUCCUUCGAAUUGAUCAGCGUUUGCUGGAGAAGGUUUUAGAAUUCGAAUCAGAAUGGUUGAGUGAUGAUGAUGGGCAGGAUAAUGUCGAUGUAGAUCUUUGUGGAAAAGAUCAAUGGUUGGGUGCUUGGAUUUAUUCGUCUUUGGCUUGUUUGCGAAUGCCUUUGGAACCAGAUGUACAUAGUAUUUUGCGUGACAUUGCCAAGACUUGCAUUCGACUUAGGAAUAAACUUGGAGCUGAAGAUGUUGAGAAAGCUGUGCCAUAUAAUUUAUUUAUUUUGAUUAUAUGCAAAGUCUUUGACCAGCUGGAUCUGGCUGAAUUUAUUUAAAAAAUCAUUUAAUCGAAAUAUAUUCCUUCAUUCUCAUUCUGACAAAAUAAAAUUACACUUUCAUUAAAUGUA